CGAGACCAGGUGAUCUUUGUGAACCUGCGAAGCGACGUCGAGACCGCGGAGACGCUGCUGAAGCGGUUUUUUCUGUCGUCCGAUGGCGGAAAGAGAUCGAAGGGUCGAAAUGCGGAGGAAUCAUGUUCGUCCGCUGGCAGACUUGUUGGUAAGCAGGGCGUUGGGACCCAAAAUUAAUGAGGACGAGUGCGACCAAGUUCCAAGCGCGCCAGUAGCGGUGAAGCCACGCAAGCCUGGUGUUCAGCGUUCGUCUACGCAGUCGUGUGAAUCUCGCGCCCAAUCUCCGUCGACUUCCACCGCUUCUACAGCUUCAUCUCCCGCGACUGCUACAACAGCCUCGCGAACAUCCAGCGGCAGCUUUCAGACGAUACCCGCGCCAAGAACCACGCCUGUCCUAGAAAAAGAUACUGUCAUGAUUCAGGGACACCAGGGGCCCGAUUAUAUUUAUACCUCCGAUCCAGAGGAUCCGCUAUCCGACGACUGGAUGUUUUUGUACCUGGACGACAGGCGCGGGGGCCCCAACACUUUUCAGGACAAUCUUCGGGAGCAGCCCGUGCAUAGAACUACAUCAAGCGUGAAAGCCCACGAGGACGUGCUGGACGUCGAGGGCAGCACUGCGCCAGAUGACUGGCACCUGGUCGAACGUACAAACCCCGUGCAGUUGACCGAGGAAAGAACACCGCUACUCUCCGAGUGGACGUUCGCCGAAGUCCACAAAGCCGCGCCAAUCUAUGAUUCUAAACCUGUACGACCUAAUCUACUUGAAAAGUUCGAUGCGCCGUUAAUAUCGUCAAACAGCGACAAUCGAGACGACGACCGGCGUCGGCGCCCGAGAAUCGUCCUGACCUACUACGAGGGUUCCCAUGACAAAACUCGAAAAGCAAAUCGAGAGCUACGAAGGCGGCUACUAGGAGAAACCACGCCGAGAGCAGAAGCUAUUGCCUCA